CUAAAGUGUUCGGGAAUAAGGAGUUGAAAAAACACGUGGUUGACAUGCAGCAAGUGUGUUUGUGUAGAGGUUAAAAACAAAUCUUAUUUUAUUGAAAAUAUUAUUAAAUUAUUUUAAAUUUAGUGAAAAAAGUGAAAGGAUUUUCUUAAAUGUUUUUUUAUGGUUGUCAACAUUUUAAUGUUUCUUACUGAUUAUGUACAAAGUUAAAUAAAUAAUCAUGUCGCUUCUUUGUUAUUUAUCAAGUUUCUGUAGUGAGAACAACAGUUGUGAAAGUAUAUUUAACGAAUUUUUAAAACUGAAGAAACUUGAUUCAAAUCAAAGAUGUACACUUUUGGAGAGACUUAGUAAUUUGUUGAAAGAUUCACGAUACACAACGAAAAUAGCAGAUCACUUUCGUCAUAUUCUUUUGAUUUUAUUGACUUCAGCAAUACCAAUUUAUGACGGAAGCAUCUGUACUUUGCAACUGCUGGAAUGCAAUCAUCAAACGAAUUGUGUCAUUCUUGGAAAACUUAUUGGAAGCUACCCUGAUGUAUUGGGAUUUACUUUGCAUUAUUUUGAAAAACUCCCAGCUCCAUUCAGCUAUAUAGAAGGAAAUGCAACUGCUCAAAUAAAUCAGGUUAAUGAACCUAUGGAUACUGAUCCAAUAACAGAUUAUGAUAUUGUUUCUGCAACUUACAAUAUAUUAAAAGCAAAUCCUCAUCACUUUAAACGUAAAUGGAAUUGGUCAGAAUGUUAUUCUUUUUUAACUCAUUCUGACGACAAAGUUAAAUGGAUGGCUUGGAAUUGCAUUGCAAUCGUUCUAGAUAUGUCUGAAUCGCUACGAUUAAAAUAUGUUUCCUCCCUAAUUGAUUCAACUGUGAUAGAUGAAUUCAUAAUAAAUUACAAAAAACAAUGUACAAAUUUCUAUUCUGCAUUGUCUGAAAAUCCAUCUGAAGAAAUUGAUCUUAUUUUAGAGGAAAUACCUUCUGUGAUAUCUGUUUCUGGUGUUUUGCUUCCUGUCUUGAAUAGUAACGCUGAAAAAUUAAAGUUUUCUUUGGUGCCCGUCCCAUCGAUGAAAGAGAAUCUUCGCAGCUUAGCUUUAGCAGUUGCAACAGGAAAAUGCGUUUGCGUACAAGGUACAGUUGGUUGCGGAAAGACCAGCAUAAUUGAAUACAUAGCCAAUGUCACUGGUCGAGGUCAAUCAGAUUUUAUCCGAGUUCAAUUAGGCGAUCAAGUAGACUCAAAGGUAAUGCUUGGUACUUACCGUUGCACUGAGAUUCCCGGCGAAUUUAUUUGGCUGCCUGGAAUUUUAACAAAAGCUGUGACUGAUGGAAAAUGGCUUCUCUUGGAAGAUAUUGACAGCGCUACAAUGGAUGUAUCAAGUACACUCAGCGAUUUACUUGAAACAGGAAGAUUGUCUGUUCCAGGACAUCGGGAUUUAAUUCAAGUUAAAAGUGGCUUUCAAUUGUUCAUCACACAAAGAUUGUUUUCCUCCACAACUGGACUACGUAAACCAGUUUCAAAUGCAUCAAAUAUGCUUUCGAAACAUUGGACUUGCGUUAAUAUGGAACCACUUUUAAAAGGUGAACUUGUAACAAUCGUUGAAACUUUAUUUCCAAAAUUGAGGACAAUUGCUUCAAAAAUGGUAGAUGUUUUCCUGAUUUUUCAAUCAAGUGAAGAAAGUGACAUGGAGUUGAAGAAUAUUUCUUCCAAAUGUAGAAGACUAACUUCUACAAGGGAUUUAAUUAAAUGGUGUUUGAGGGCUGCUGUUUAUUAUGUUUAUCCAACGACUGAAGAAAAAAAGCAAAAUCUCUUUGAAGAUGCAAUCGAUAUUUUUUGUUGUUCUACACCUGACGAAGGAAAGAGACAAUCUUUGGUAAUUGCAAUUGGGCACAAAUUAGGCAUCAAUAAAGUAAAUGCAGAAAAUAUUUUCCAGACUUACAAACCACCCAUAACAUGUGAAAAGGAUUUCAUAGUUGGUCGGGCAAAAUUGCCCUGUAAAACAGCAUCUUAUGCGAGUAUCGAAAAAAGAAAUGUUACAUUUUCUUUUACACGUCCAUCUGCCUGCUUGUUAGAACGCAUAGCUUGUUGCGUUACUCAGAAAGAACCCGUAUUACUGGUUGGUGAGACUGGAACAGGAAAAACAAGUUCAAUACAAUAUCUUGCUAAGAGUACGGGAAACACUCUUAUUGUCAUUAAUAUGAAUCAGCUAAGUGAAAGUGCGGAUUUAUUAGGAGGAUACAAACCGGUAGAUUUGAAAUUUCUAAUAAAACCCAUUAGAGAAGAAUUUGAGUUACUCUUCCGAUCGUAUUUUGCCGUUGAACCCAAUAAGAAAUAUUUAGAAGCUAUUGCUUUCUGUUACAAUCAAGAGAAAUGGGAUAGUCUUCUAAAAGCAAUGACUGUCAGUGCUAAUAGAGCAAUAAAUAGAUUGAAAGAUUCUUCUAAAGUAAAGACAUGGGAGAAGCUUCUUUUAAAAAUAGAGAAACUUUCAACACAAGUGAAAGGUAACAUAGCUUUAGGGUUUGCUUUCGUGGAGGGAAGUCUCGUCAAAGCCAUCCAGAAAGGAUACUGGGUUCUUCUUGAUGAAAUUAAUUUGGCUAAUGCAGAAACUUUGGAAUAUUUGUCUGGUUUACUUGAAGGUUCUUCUGGUUCUUUAUCUCUUUUGGAAAGAGGCGAUGAAGAUUUAAUUAAAAGACAUCCAGAUUUCACUCUAUUUGCAUGUAUGAAUCCAGCAACGGAUGUUGGAAAAAAGGAAUUACCCAUUGGUUUUCGAAAUAGAUUUACAGAAUUUUUCGUUGACGAAUUAACGUCAAAAAUUGAUUUACAAAUAUUAGUCGACUCAUAUCUCAAGCAUAUGAAUUUACAAUGUAAACAUGAAGCUAUUGUUAAUUUUUACAUCAGUUUAAGAAAAGAAGCGCAUUUAAUUUUAUUCGAUGGCACAAUGAAUAAACCACAUUAUAGUUUACGAACAUUGUGUAGAGCUUUAAGUAUCACUGCCGCUAAUCCAUGUGAAUAUGAAUUAAGAUCUUUGUUUGAAGCAUUCUGUUUGAGUUUUUUGACUCAGCUUGAUCAUAAAUCGUAUCCCAUUGUUGAACAUUUGAUCAAAAAGUCUAUGCUUGAUGAAAAAUUAGCAAAAAGAAUACUUUCUAGUCCCAUUUCAAGGCCUAAAAACGAUUUGGAGUAUAUUAAUUUUGAGGGCUAUUGGAUUACAAGAGGAAGUGAGGCUCCCAAAACACCGGAAAAUUAUAUAUUGACGGUGUCUGUUAGACGUAAUCUUAAAGACAUUGCUCGAGCUGUCUCAAUAGGGAAGAUGCCGAUUUUGUUGCAGGGGGACACUUCAGUGGGAAAGACGAGCUUGAUAACUUAUUUAGCGAAAGCAUCCGGUCACGUGUGUGUGCGUAUAAAUAAUCAUGAACAUACAGACUUGCAAGAAUAUGUCGGCAGCUACGUGGCUGAUGAAAUGGGGAAACUUGUUUUUCGAGAAGGUAUAUUGGUUGAAGCAAUGCGCAAAGGAUAUUGGAUUAUUCUUGACGAAUUGAACUUGGCUCCAAGUGAUGUUCUUGAAGCAUUGAACAGAGUUCUAGACGACAAUAGAGAACUAUUCAUUUCGGAGACACAACAGGUUGUAAGGGCUCAUAACGAGUUUAUGCUCUUCGCAACGCAAAAUCCACCUGGACUCUAUGGAGGACGAAAAGUUCUUUCUCGAGCCUUCAGAAAUAGAUUUGUUGAAUUUCAUUUCGAUGAAAUACCACCGAUAGAAUUGCAGGAAAUAUUGCAAAAAAGAUGCAGUAUGCCUGAAUCAUAUUGUAAACAGAUUAUCAAUUUGAUGAAAGAUCUUCAAGUUAGACGAAAAACAACGGCUGCAUUUGCUGGAAAAAAAGGUUUUAUAACAUUGAGAGAUUUAUUUCGAUGGGGUGAAAGAUAUCGAUUGGCACCAGAAAGUGGUGAAGGAUUAUACGAUUGGAGUCAACAUUUAGCUGACGAGGGUUAUUUAGUACUUGCUGCUAAAGUUCGUCUUCCGAAGGAAGAAGCCGAGAUAAGAGAAGUGAUCAAAAAGCAUUUGAAGCGGAAUGUAAGACCACAAGAUCUAUUUACUUUGAGUGAAACUACUUCGCCGGUUACGCGACACAUUUUGGAGGAAAUACUAAGAGAAGAUAUUUCAGAAUUUAAACAUAUAGUGUGGACUUAUCAUUUGAGACGAAUGGCAGUUUUACUAAGAAAAUCAAGUCAGUUUCGAGAACCAGUUUUACUCGUUGGUGAAACGGGUUGCGGUAAAACUACAGUUUGCCAAUUGGUAGCUGCGAUUCAGCGGCAAAAAUUGCACGUUGUCAAUUGUCAUAUGCAUACCGAAUCUUCGGAUUUUCUGGGAAAUUUACGUCCAGUUAGAGUGAGUCAGAGUGAAAAUCAAAAACUUUUCGAAUGGGUUGACGGUCCUUUGAUUCAUGCCAUGAGGAACGGAGAUUUAUUUUUAGCUGAUGAAAUUUCAUUAGCCGAUGACAGUGUGCUUGAAAGAUUGAAUUCAUUACUAGAGCCUGAGCGUACUCUUGUUUUGGCUGAAAAGGGAAUCGAUUUAACAAAUCCGGAUAAACUUGGCAGCAUUGUUGUCGCUAAAGAAGAAUUUCUUUUCGUGGGUACUAUGAAUCCUGGUGGUGAUUAUGGAAAAAAGGAACUUUCUCCUGCAUUACGUAAUAGAUUUACAGAAAUUUGGUGUGAUCCUUGCACAGAACAAGAUGAUUUAAGGAUUAUAAUAAAGCAUAAUCUUGAUGUUAGUCUCACUGAGAGAGGAGGAGAUAUUUCCUCGUGUAUUUUAAAUUUUAUUGAUUGGAUGAAAAGAUACGAUGUUUUGAAAACUUUCAUGGUGAGCACAAGAGAUCUCUUAAGUUGGGUUGAUUUUAUUAAUAUUUCAACAAAGAGUAAAUUAUCGUUAGCGGAUGCAAUUUUACAGGGAGCUUGUCUGACCUAUAUUGAUGGACUUGGAACAAAUACUGAAAAUUUGAAACAAUUUAAAGAAAAUGCCUUAGAGUUUUUAAUUCGACACUUACGUUCUUUGGGAACCUUUUCUAUUGAAAAACUAACAGAAGUAGAAAAUUUAAAAAUUUCUACAGAAAAAAUAUUUGGUAUUGAGCCUUUUUUUAUUGAGCGAGGUGAUGAUUGCGAGGUGAAUGAUGAGAGAUUUACUUUUUCCUCUUCAACAACAAAGCUAAAUACAUUUAAACUUUUAAGAGCGAUGCAAAUAAAGAAACCAAUUUUAUUGGAAGGGAGUCCAGGAGUUGGAAAAACAAGUUUAGUGUCUGCUGUUGCUAUGGCCUCUGGACAUUCUUUAUUCAGAAUUAAUUUGAGUGAUCAGACAGAUGUUUGUGAUCUUUUCGGAACUGAUUUACCCGUUGAAGGUGGUAAAGGAGGAGAAUUUUCCUGGAGAGAUGGACCAUUUUUGCGUGCUUUACGAGCUGGACAUUGGAUACUACUGGAUGAAUUGAAUUUAGCUUCUCCUUCUGUUCUUGAGUGUUUGAAUGCUUGUUUUGAUCAUCGUGGCGAACUCUUUAUUCCAGAACUUGCUAAGACUUUUACUAUUACUUCGGAAACUAAAUUCUUUGCUUGUCAAAAUCCAAUGAAGCAAGGCGGUGCGAGGCGAGGAUUGCCAAAAUCAUUUUUAAAUCGAUUUACUCAGGUUUUUGUCAGUACAUUGACGGAUGAAGAUCUUAAAUUUAUAAGUUACUCUCAAUUUCCUGAAUUGUCACAGGAAUUAGUGCACAGGAUGGUUGAUUUUAACACUAGAGUAUCAUCAGAGGCUGGUGUUUUAUGGGGUUUGAAUGGAUCUCCAUGGGAAAUGAAUUUACGUGACGUUAUCAGAUGGUGUGAGGCAACUAUUUAUUCAGCAAAAUGUCAGUGUGAUGAAAGUGAUUUAAUUUAUAAUCCUGGAUGCUGUGUGGAAUUGAUUUAUGCCGAUAGAAUGAGAACUAAAAUUGAUAAAGAGACAGUAAUUAAAAUAUAUGAAGAAAUAUUUCCAGUAAAUAGAUAUCCUCUUUCUUCUAGUCAGCCAAUUUUACAUGUUACUAGUGAUAAAUUAUAUUUUGGUGAUAUAGUUUUAAAUCGAAGCAAGUCAUUAUUUUAUGAAGAGGACCUACUACUUUUGCGAGAUCAAAUGAAAGUAUUGAGAAGUCUUGCACAAUGCAUUAAUAUGAAAUGGAUGUCUAUUCUUGUCGGUGGUCCCGCUAGUGGAAAAAGCAGUAUUGUUCGAGUAAUUAGUCAAUUAGCUGGACAAAAAUUAAAAACUGUUGUCGUCAAUUCCGAAAUGGAUACAAAUGAAAUUUUAGGUGGAUUCGAGCAAACGGAUUAUAAUAGACAUCUCGAGGAACUUUUUGAACGCACGGAAAGUUUAAUGAUCGACUGUUUAAAAAUGAGAAUAUCCAAAUAUAAUAUUGAAACAUGCAGGCAUUACCAUCAUUGUUUAGAAAGCGUUAGAAAUAUUAUUCAGAAUUGCAAAUCUACAUCCAGUCAACUCUUUUUACAAAAGCUGAACGCGUUAUUACGUUUAGUUAUAAUCAUGAAGAGUUUAGAUAUUCAUCUUGAAGAAUUGAAUGAUAUAUCACAGAAAUUGGAAAGUCUCUCAAGAAUCGUAGAACAAGAGCGUUGUUUAAAUGCCGGAGGUAAAUUUGAAUGGGUAGAUAGUUUACUAGUCAAGUGUUUACAAGAGGGUUCUUGGUUGUUAGUAGAUCAGGUGAAUUUUUGCAGUCCUGCUUUAUUGGAUAGACUCAAUGGUUUAUUAGAACCAAAUGGUGUUCUUACAAUUGGCGAACGUGGCACUACAAUUGAUGGAAAUAUAAUGACAAUUAAACCACAUGAAAAUUUUAGACUUUUUCUAACGAUGGAUCCAAAAUAUGGAGAAAUUUCGAGAGCAAUGAGAAAUCGUGGUGUGGAAAUAUUUUUACUCGAUCAAGAUCAAUCAUUUAAUAAAGAUCUCGAUGUCCGAUCUCUCCUCUUCAAUUCCGGUCUUACAAAUAAAAAAUAUCAAGAUGUUCUAUUGGAAAUUCAUGAGAAAAUUUCGCAUGAUAUUUCAACAACAGAAACUUUGAAUAUUACACUUCUGCUGAAAUCGGCAUUUUUAAUAAAGCAACAAAUUUCAAGGGGCUUUUCUUUAAAACAAGCUAUCGAAACUAGUUGUCAAGAUGUGUACAUAAAAGCGAGAGCGAUAAGUAAAGAAAAAAAUCGUCUGGAAUUAUUAAUUCAAGAAACAAUCACACAUUUUUGUAAUGCUAUUGAUAUCGAUGAAACUUCUAUUAACUUAGAAACAAUAACUUGGAAAGUUGAAGAUAGUCAAGAAAAUUCAAAGUUAUCAAGAAUAAAACAACAAGGAGUGUUACUUAGUUACUUUAUCGAGAACAUUCAAUUCCUUCAAUCUUCUAACUUAAAUGAUUUAGCGGUAUUUCUAAACUUGGAUCGUUUUGAAGAACUUAAAAAUAUGACCAUUAAUGAAAUUCUUCCGUAUGUAUUAAUGGAAUUUUUCGAAAAAUCUUCAGUAGACGAUGUUGAACUGCGAAAUAAAUGGCUUUUAAAAAAUUAUAAUGAAGCAAAUGCAAUUUGUGAAAAUUUGGUAAAAGAAAUUUUAUCAUUCCAAUUUCAAUGUCCAAAUUAUUCUUUACCAUGGGAUGCACUUUAUCUACCGCGAGCUCUUACAAAAGAAGCAAAAGAGAAAACUCAUUAUGAUGCAAACAGAUUAGCUUUACUUCUUUAUUGGAAUAAAAUUGAAAACGAUUUAUUAAUGAGGCAAUUGUCUAAGAAAGAAACUGUUAGAAGAUAUUCUACUGAAGUAAUGAACGGUACCAUAAACAUACUUUUUAAGGAUGAGUCUUUAAUAAAUAAUUUCACUCCAUUUACAAAUCAAAUUCGAAAAUUUUUUAAUAUCAUACUUCGAGAACCAUUAACACUAAAUACUACAGAUUACUUUAAAAUUAGACGAAAUCUUCAAUGGUAUCAAAGGUACUGUGAUUUAGGAAAUCUCGUUUUUGAAAUUGAUAAAAAGCGAACUACAGAAUUCAUUAAUCUCAGUAAAAUCAGUUUACUUUUAAAAGUUCACUAUAAAUGGUUGAUAAAAUUUUUGAAAGUAUUUAUUUCAACCUUGUCUAAUAAAUUUUUAAGUGAAAAUUGUAAAACUGAGAUUAAAAAUUUAUCCAAAAUGAUAGAUAACACCAAUAAAGAAUUAUUUGUUUUAUACAAUCCUGUCUUCAAGCUUGCUAAAAAAUUCAAAGCCGCUAUGUGCCUACCACUACCACUAUCUUCAAAAAUCAUUGCGGAUUCAUUCUCAAAAUUGUUAUACAUGACAAAUUGCCUAAAUCCAUGGAAAAAUUGCAAUAAUGAAGAAAACAUGAUUUCAAAUUUAAUAAUUUUAAUAUCUCAAGAUGGAUUAGAUGCUCGACAACAAUUGCUUUCACAUUGGCAAAUGUUUUUCAAAACACAUUGUUUCAAUGAAGAGACUAAAGAACACCUUUUGAAAAUUAAAGAAUUUUGCGUGAAAAAUAAUUUAAUAUUAGAACACUCUAAUCCAAUAAAUGAAUCAAAGCCUGAAGACUUAUUAAAUCAAACAGAAUUAGCUGAAUUUUCAAAGAAUAUUCAACUUUGGCCUCUCUAUGAAUACAUGUUUCUUCAAAUGGCUAAUAGAAUUCAACAAGAAACUUGUGCAGCAGUUUAUGGUAAUUGCCAAUCUGUCAAUAUUACCACACAACUUUGGCAAAAAUGGACACAAGUCCUAAGUAUACCGGUAAAUGUUUUGGCGAUCUCCAAUGCUAUUUUACUUAUUAAUCAAGAACCGGAGAAGAUUUGUAGAUUGCUUCCAGUUUUGUCUUAUUUAUUGAAACGAUUCACGCGAGGAAAUUACGCCCUCAAUGAUUUCAAGAGAUUAUCGAACUCGAACGGAUUGUCCACUCAACAAACGGAAAAUUACAAUUCUUUCACUUCUGACUCACAGAUGGAGGAAAAAUCUCGUUCUACGCCUGCAUUGCUGAAUUUAAUACUGGAAUUAUUAUUGAAUAAAUCUCAAACCAAAAAUGAAACAUCUGUUCUUUCAAUGCCUUCUCUCGGUGCACAUGAAUCACGCAUAAAUCAACUUAAAAAACUCAACAUUUUAUUAUGGAGAAAUAGUGUAUCAUUUAAUUGUUUAAAAUUUGAUAGUCUAUUAAACGAUCAAAAAAUGCUAUUCACAUGUGGCGAUUACUUUUUAACAUUGAGCCAGAAAUUGCAGCUUGCAGAACAAUUGAACUUGUGUGAUAAAGAAAAAAAUCUUUUGUCGGAAUUUAAUGAAAUUCUUAAAGAAUUAAAAAUUGAACCCGAAACUGAACAUAAGAUAUUUAAACGAGGUAAAGCGUGGGCAUUGUUUGGUUAUGUUCAAACUUCUUUAUUUACUUCGCUGGGAUAUGUUGAUCCACUUUAUAAAAUUGAACGAAAACUUGAAUACGCCGAAGAAGAUAUUAAGGAUUUAAAAUGUACGUUUUAUACUAAAAUUUUAGAAUCUCGUAUUUUUGGCGACAAACAAAUUCAGAAUUCGCAUUCUCGUUUCAUGGAAAUAGAACCGACUAUAAAUAAUAUUCUUGCUGAACGAGAAAUUCUUAAAACAAAGAAAGCUUAUCGACCCGCUAAUACAGAUUUCUUAAUUCUCGUCAAAGAUUUUGAAAAUUUACGUAACACUUUAGGUAGUUUUCACGUUAUUCAAAAUCAUGUUUUAGAGCUUUCAAAAGUUUUCAUCGAUUUUAUGAACAACAAAAAUGCAGAUAUUAAGACAGCAGAAAGAGUUGUACUCAGAACCGAAACAUGGCAAGAAUCAUUGGAACAAUUCAUUGAUCGAAUUGAAAGUCGCUUCCUGUCAUCUUAUCCCGAUCUCAUUUUACCUGCAUUUGCAGCAUUAUCUGACAUGAAACAUGGAAUUGAUAUGAUGAAAAAUCAUAUUCAACGACUAAUUUCUAAAACUUUGACAAAUCAUCAAGACGCUACUGUCGAAGAUUUAAUUGAAAAAAUGAUUUCCUUCCCUACUAUUUAUCCUCAACAAUCAUGUUUACUUGAUUUAGUCAAUUUUUGUACACUCGAUUCUACUAGAGAACUUAUUAAUAAAAAUUUACAAACUGAUUCUUUUAGGGAACAAUUUAAAAUCACAUUGUCUGGCUUACAUGAAUUGAAUAAUUAUAUUUUAUUAAACGGAACAUUAUCAAAAUCUUUGUGGAUUAAAUUAAGUGAAAUAAUGCAUCAAAUUAUUUUAAUUUGGAAACAGCAGGAGAAGGAAAUUCUCAAGCGAGAAAUCGAGAAGGAGAGUGUGUAUAAAAACCGUUCUCAAAUUCAUGGAUCUCAAAUGAAAGAAGAGGAAGAAAUAAAAUUAGAGCUGGAGAAUCUCUUCCCCACUUAUAAAGAUAAAGAUUUCAAUGAUUUUGGAAUUGAUGCUCAGGAAGAGUUUAUAGAAGUUAGAACCAAAGAACGCAGUCCCGUUCUGCUUUCAGUUAACGAUAUUCAGGAAGUUAAUCGAUUGUAUUCGAAUAUUUUGAUAUUUUGCACGACUUCCAAUUGGCUGAAGAACUCUUUGCAAUGUAAAACUCCAGAUUAUGUCAAUCCACUGCUUAUACGUUACAACACAGUUGGAUUAUUAUUAGACAAUGUGACAGCGUCAUUAAGUUCGAAAAUUUCCCAAAAGUUGUAUUCUAGUUUAAAUUAUUUAACACACACUACACUAUCUAUUAGUCAGGGAAAAAAAUUAUUGAAUCAGAAAACAUCAUUUGAUUUUUAUAAAGACAGCAACAUAGCUGAAGUAACUUUGUGUGUAUCAUUAUUGAGAAAUGUCUUCGAUAAAAUUUCUCUUCUACUAAAUGAAUGGCCUGAACAUCCAACAUUGAGAGCUAUUCGAACUGUGAUCAAGAGAAUCCUCGAGUUUCCAAUAACUUCUUCUAUUUCAAGAUUCCUAACUGGUUUAGAAUUAUUGCUAGUGAAAAUGAAAGAAUGGGAAGAAAAUGCUCACAAAGAUGUUAGUCUUUUUGAACACAUGUCUCUACUCACACAACAGAUAAUUUCUUGGAGGAAACUUGAACUAUCAUCCUGGAAGGAUUGUUUAAACGUCACAUUCCAGAGACUUCAAUCUCAAAGUGCAAAAUGGUGCUUUUGGCUGUACAUUUUGCUGGAAAGUUACAUCACUAAAACUUAUAACCCAGACGAAGUUGACUAUUUUGAUGACCAAAAUGUCGUGAAUGAAGAACUUUCUCCAGAAAAAUUAAUAGAGGUCCUUCACUAUUUCAUUUCUAAAUCUCCUCUUGUGGAAUUUGAAGCCAGGCUUGAAUUGCUUUUAACUUUCCACUGUCAUGCUUUCCAUUUUAAUUCCAGUCCAGAGAGAGACGAUGUAUUGUCUAUAACGUGGAAUGUGUACAACUACUACAAACAAUUUACAAACGAUGUAAAUACAAAAAUUAAUAGUAUACGAAAUCCAAUUGAAAAGAAGCUCAAGGACUUUGUCAAAAUUACUCGCUGGAAUGACAUCAGUUAUUGGGCUGUGAAAGAAACAAUUGCCAAGUCUCACAAAACUUUACACAAAUUUAUUAAGGAAUAUGAAAAAGAAUUAAAAGAGAAUGUAACUAAUUGCCUAGUUGUAAAGUCUACAAAUGGUGUAAUAAACAAUGUUUUAAAAGAUAAACAUGAAAUAAAUUCGGAUGUUUUUAUCCUUCCAACGGAAUUAAUCAAUCAUAAAAUUCUGCCAAGAGAUCUGUUAGAUAAAAUAAAAACCGAAAUUGUCACAUCGAAGUACUCUGAAAUUCGACUAAAUCUCGAGAAUUUAGUUGAAGAUUAUAUGGAACGUAGUGCUAAUUUGAAGAAAUUAGAAAUUGAUAACACAUUACCAAAACCAAAGCAAAUUUCACAUGCUAAAAGUGUACUGCAGCAAAAAAAGAAAGCAUUGUCCGAUUACUUUAAAACAAUAGCUCAUUUGGGAAUUUCCUAUAGAAUUGGAAUUUUAGCUUGGAAAAAUAAACGAGAUACUGUCAUUGAUUUGAUGAUAUCUCCUGUGGAUUUAAACGCAGCUUUGAGAAAUUUUACAUCGGAUGCAGAUAAAUCGAUGAUAGAACAAUGGAACGGAUGUGAAAAUUAUUACCAAAAAGCAAUUGCCGAAUUUAUUGCUUUAACUCAAAUCUUAUCGAAUGCACAUAAAGAUUUAAAUCCCUUAAAUGUUGAACGAUUUAAAGGUUACUCGGCUCACAUGCUAUUGAUGGCGAACGAACAAAAAAGAACUCUGGUACGAGAAAUAAAAUACUUUGUAGCUCUUCGUUCUCAAAUCGCAAGCCUAAAAGUAAAAGACAAUCUUCCGAAGCAACAAGAUUUAUUCAAAAUUGCCAAAUCCUUUAAGGAAUUGUUAAUAUUUUUACAAUCAAACUUAGAACAAUUACAACUUUAUCUCAACGCUUGUCCAUCUAAAUCUGAUAUUGAAGAAAACGAGCCCUAUGACUUGGAAGAAAUCACUCUCCCCAUUCUUUACAACACUAAAGAAGAUUCGAAUAUAAAUUCCGUCAUUGAGAAUUAUUCCAAUUUAGUAAAGACCAUUUCUAAUCAAUUUAAUAAAAUAUUUCAUAAUAUUUACAAUUGUGAGGAAUUUGUUCCAAUUUUGACAAUGGAACAUUUUAAUUAUUUAACUAAAAGUUACAAAAGUCUGGAAAAUUUGCAAAUUAAAUUAACUGAAAUUGAAAAAGCAUUUGGAAAUUUCAAUCAUCCUUUGUUUAAAAAUAUUAAAUAUAUUAAUAAAAGAAUUUCUAAUAACUUACAAGAAUUAAAUGAAUUUGAAAAUAAAUCCAGUGUUCAACAAAUGGAAAGUUUUGAUAAAAAUUCGUUUGAAAAAAUGUUAACUGACGUAUUUCUUAUAGUGUUGAAUAAAUUAGAGGAAGAAAAUCAAGAAAAUGUAAUUUCCUUUUCUACAAAUGAAUUGUUAGAUCAGAAGAAUAUUUUCAGUGAAAUGCUUAAAUCACUAAAGUACAAAAUAACAGAAAUGAAUUUAGAAGAUAUUUUUACCAACUUUAACAAAUUGAUAUUGAUGAUUCACAAUUCAGACACAGUACACGCAAACUUAUAUUUUCAAAUGAUUAAGAAAUAUCUACCUCUACUGGAACAAUAUUUACUGUACACUCAAUUCUAUUUAAACGAACAAAUUGCCAGUUUACGAUUGACAUCUAAAAUGCUUCAUUUGCAAUUGAAUGUUUUUCUCGAUUUGGCCACCAAUGGUUUUUGCAUACCAAAAAAUCUUGAUCUCGACAUUGAUCCCAAUGGUGAAGAAGGUUCUCAAGAAAAUACGGGAAAAGGCGGAAUGGGUCUAAGCAAUGAAGAAGGAGUUCAAGAUGUUUCUGACAGAAUUGAAAGUGAAGAUCAAUUGGAAGAAGCUAAAUCUAAAGAUCAAGAAGAACAAGAUAUGGAUAAUAAAUCAUGUCCGGAAGAAGAAAAAGGUAUCGACAUGUCCGAAGAUUUUGAAGGUAAAUUGCAAGACAUUGAAAAGGGAGAAAAUGACAAUGAAAAUAGUGAUAAUGAUGAUGACGAUGAUGGUGAUUUAGAUAAAGAAAUGGGAGAAACAAAUGAGGGAGAAAAUCAACAAGAUAAAGAAUUAUGGAGUGAUGAUGAGAAAGAAGAAAAUAAAAAUGAGGAAAAUUUAAAUGAAGAUGAUAAUGCUGGAAAAGGAGAGGAACUUGAUGAUGAGACAAUGGGUGCCAAAAAUAAUGAUGAAGCAUUGUCUAAGGAAUCCAAGGAAUAUAAAGAGAAAGAGGAGAUAUCAGAAUUAAAUGAACCGGACAUUAAUGAUGAUCAAAUAGAUCCGUAUCAUGGUAAUCAACAACCGGAAAUAGAACCCGAUGCACUUGAUUUACCCGAUGAUAUUAAUUUAGACAAUGAAGACAAUGAAGCGGUAGAUCAAGAAAAACAAGAAGAAGAUUUAUUUGACAUUGAUAAUAUGAAAGAACCAGUUUUACCUCCAGAUGAUGAAGCUAAGGAAGAUAUAGAAGACGUUACUAAAGAAGACACUGAGAAUAAUGAACGAGAUGAAGUUGAAUCAGACCCUGAAGAUGAACCUUCAGACAAAAAUAUUGAAGCUGCUCCAAUGGAAAGUGAAGUUCCUGCUGAAGAUUCUGAAGUCGCUGCUGAAGAAAAUGAUUCAGAAAAUCAAGUUAAUAUUAACGAUUUCGAUGGAAAAGCGGAAAAUGGAAUGCAGGUGGAUGUUGAAACAGAAGGAACUCAGAAUUCCGUGAAUCAAGAAAAUGAAGAAAAGAAGUCACAAAGGGAGAAUAUUCAAAAUUCCCAAAAUGAUUACGGUACAGGCGAAUCUCAUCAAGGUUCAGGUAAAACCGAAACUGCUUUGGAUGAAGGUGGAGCUCAAACUGAUAAAAGAAAUAAUGAAGAAAAUAAAAGCAAAAAACGAAAGUCACUAAAAGAAAUGGAUAACAAAAAUAUGUCUCUAAUGGAGGAAAAUGAACCAAUGAUGAAGAAAACGAAAACAAAUAUUCAGGAACGUCAAAAUGAGCAUGAAGAUCUCGACGACAAAGAAUUAAAUGAUGAAACUAAUGAAACUAAAGAAACUAAUUUUCGACAUGUUGAUAGUAAAGAAACUUACAAUCGUUGUGCAGUCGAUGCAGCAACUGAGGAUCAAGUUAAAAAACAAGCUACGAAGAUUACAAUGGAUGCGGAAAAUGAAGAAAAUGAAGAACCAAUAGACAUAAAUAUGCUUCACGAAGAUGAAAUAAUUGAAGAAAAAACCAAUCAUAUUCAGAAGCCGGAACAAGUAUCAACUAGUGAAGAUAAAAGUAAAGGAAACUCGUCUUCAGCAGCUAAAAACGAAAUUGAACAAAUGGAAGUAGAUUCCGACCUACCAAUUGUAGAAACAACAACAGUUGCAAGAGGGGCAGAUUCGGCCUUCUUUACAAAUUUGGCAAAUUUAUCAUUGGAAAAUGUUUCCAAUUUAGAAGUAUUUGAACGUACAAGAGAUGAAGUCAAACAAGUUUUAGCUCAUUGGAGAACAGAACCAUCAACACAAGAAGCAAUAACUACAUGGAAUGCUGUAAGCUCAAUUACUGACACUGCAGCAAGGGAACUUGCUGAAAAACUGAGAUUAGUUUUAGAACCAACACAUGCCUCACGCUUGAAAGGUGAUUAUAAAACAGGAAAGCGAAUCAACAUGCGUAAAAUUAUCCCCUACAUAGCAAGUCAAUUUAGAAAGGAUAAAAUCUGGUUGAGAAGAACAAAGCCAUCCAAAAGAAACUAUCAAAUCGUUUUGGCAAUUGACGAUUCGAGUAGUAUGGUAGACAAUGAUUCCAAGGAAAUAGCAUUUGAGUCACUUUCAUUAAUAAGCAAAGCAAUGACGUACUUGGAAGCUGGUGAACUUGGUGUAAUUAGCUUUGGUGAAGAUAUAAAUGUUUUACAUCCUCUUGGAGAAGUUUUUACUCAAGAAAGUGGAGCGAGAUUGAUGCAGAAAAUGAGAUUUGAACAAACCAAAACCAAAGUUCCUCAGUUGGUAGAUUACAGUAUUGAUAUAUUUAAUACGCAAAAUGAUUCAGUGGAAAAUGCUAAAUUACUUGUCAUACUGUCGGAUGGUAGGGGAAUAUUUUCAGAGGGAAAAAACAGAAUGAAUUAUGCAGUACGCAGGGCGAGGUUAUCUGGCGUUUUUACAAUAUUUAUUGUAAUUGACAAUCAAAAGAAUAAGGAAUCCAUUCUUGAUAUUCGAAUGCCUAUUGCAAAAAUUGGACAACCUCUUGUUAUCCAGUCUUACAUGGAACAUUUUCCAUUCCCUUUCUACAUGAUACUGAGAGAUAUAAAAGCUCUGCCUGAUAUUUUAAGUGACGCUCUAAGGCAGUGGUUUGAAUUGAUUGGAAAUAUGGACAAUUGAAAGAUGACACCAAGAAUUCAGAAUUGUUUUAGGAAGAAUGUAGAAAUAAUAUAUCUAAUAAAUAAAAUCAUGUACAGUAUUUUAUAAGUGAAACAAUAAUAAAAAUAUUUUGCCAACAAAA